GUGGGAGUGAGACGGGAGUGCGUGAGAGGGACCUGCCCACAAACCGUUUCCUGAAGAGUGUGGCAUCAAUCCGAGGAAGAACAGCUUUGGGAUUCUGCUGGGGCAUUCAGGGACGGUCUCUGCACCCCUCUCUGUCCCCCCCCCUCCCCCUCCCCCCUCCAGCGCACCCCUGUCAUGUCUGAUAACGGAGAGCUGGAGGACAAGCCCCCCGCCCCGCCCGUCAGGAUGAGCAGCGCCAGCUUCAGCGGCAGCAAGGACGUGCUGUCGGCCAAUCACAGUUCCAAACCCCUGCCCUCCGUACCUGAGGAGAGGAAACCCCGCAACAAGAUCAUCUCCAUCUUUUCUGGAGCCGAGAAAGGGGGUAGGAAGAAGGACAAGGACAAGGAACGCCCAGAAAUCUCACACCCCUCGGAUUUCGAGCACACAAUCCACGUCGGCUUUGACGCCGUCACCGGAGAAUUCACUGGCAUGCCAGAGCAGUGGGCACGGCUGCUGCAGACCUCCAACAUCACCAAGUCAGAGCAGAAGAAAAACCCGCAAGCCGUUCUGGACGUCCUCAAGUUCUACGACUCCACUGACAACGGCAGGCAGAAAUACCUCAGCCUCUCAUCUUCAGAUAAAAACGCACAGCUGCCGGCAAAGAAAGGCAAGGAACCCUCGCCACCGAACAAGGACAUCGACGAUGAUGAGGACGACGAAGCCCCGCCCCCCAUCGUGGCACCCCGUCCGGAACACACCAAAUCUGUGUACACCCGCUCUGUCAUCGAACCGCUCCCCUCGCCACCGCCCAGCGCAGAUGCAGACUCCGCCGCCAAGGGCAUCGACAGACAGAAGAAGAAGGGAAAAAUGACAGACGAGGAGAUCAUGGAGAGACUCAGAACCAUCGUCAGUAUUGGUGAUCCCAAGAAGAAGUACACGCGAUACGAGAAAAUUGGACAGGGGGCUUCAGGCACAGUGUACACAGCCAUCGAUGUUGCCACUGGACAGGAGGUAGCCAUCAAACAGAUAAACCUACAGAAGCAGCCCAAGAAGGAGCUAAUUAUAAAUGAGAUCCUGGUGAUGAAGGAGUUAAAGAACCCUAACAUCGUCAACUUCCUGGACAGCUUCCUGGUGGGGGAGGAACUCUUCGUGGUGAUGGAGUACCUGGCUGGCGGCUCGCUCACGGAUGUCGUGACAGAGACCUGCAUGGACGAGGCCCAGAUAGCCGCCGUCUGCAGAGAGUGUUUGCAAGCUCUGGAGUUCCUGCACGCUAACCAGGUGAUCCACCGUGACAUCAAGAGCGACAAUGUGCUCCUGGGGAUGGACGGGUCUGUAAAACUCACUGAUUUUGGGUUCUGCGCCCAGAUCACCCCCGAGCAGAGCAAACGCAGCACCAUGGUUGGCACGCCAUACUGGAUGGCCCCCGAGGUCGUGACCCGCAAAGCCUACGGGCCUAAAGUGGACAUCUGGUCCCUCGGCAUCAUGGCCAUCGAGAUGGUGGAGGGUGAGCCCCCCUACCUCAACGAGAACCCCCUGAGGGCAUUAUACCUAAUUGCCACCAAUGGCACCCCGGAACUCCAAAACCCUGAAAAACUGUCACCAAUCUUCCGGGACUUCCUCAACCGCUGCCUGGAGAUGGACGUAGAGAAAAGGGGUGGGGGCAAGGAGCUGCUGCAGCACCCCUUCCUGAAGAUGGCGAAGCCCCUUUCUAGCCUGACACCUCUGAUCUUUGCUGCCAAGGAGGCAAUGAAGAGUAACCGUUAAUUCUUGCCUGCCACCACUGAGCUGUGCCAACCCCACCCUCCAAUCACCCUGACCUGCAAAAGGGCACCAGACCCAACUACAGGGCACUGCCCCGACAAGCCGCACCUGAAUAGGUCCACCCAACAGGGACAGGCCCGCUCCACUCCAGGGCCUUAUGAACUCCUGCAGUGCCAGCUGUCAAUCGAGAUACAAGAACACUGCCCCGCCCCCCCCCCAUUUUCUCACUGUUUGAGGGCAAACUCAAAACCCCCAAACCGUUUGAAUCAGGAUGUAUUAUCACUGAUGCCUUGACCUGGUCAGACCAGUAUUCACAGCUUAUGUGAAUUGCUUUUUGUACAAUUCAUGGUGUUUAUUUUAUUUUUUUCAUAAUCAUCUCCAACUUAUAGUCAGCCUUGUUCCGGCUCAUUGUGUUCUCAUAUCAACCAGCCCCCUAGCCAUUGUGAAACUUGAAUCUUAUAUCUCUGAAGCCCUGUUGUCUCUGAAGGAUACCCUUGUGCUCUCCGUGCUCUUGUACUCUGUCACAUGUGCCUGUCUCAUUUUUUUUUAAAGAGAAUUAUUGUUUACUGUAUGAGUUGAACUAUUUCUUUAAUUCACAGGGAUUUAGGAGUCUAAACAUUUAAGAGAAAUGUCGAAUUACGUUUUGUAUAUUAUGUACUUUUAAAAGAAAGUGGAAGUGGAAACCACAGAUUAGAGAUCAGUACAUUCUGACUGUUUCCUACGUUUAUGUAUACUGUUAAUUUUUUAUUUCCAACUAACACCCUGAUGGUUUACCAUAAAUUGAAGUAUUUGUAAUAGUUAUCUUAAUUAGUUUUUAAUGUGAUUAAUAAUUGUAUUUCCAUGUAUGUGGAGUAUUCAUGUGUUCUGCAUGUAAGUCACAUUUCUGCAAAAUCGGGAAUACAAAUUUUGAAUAAAAUUGUGCUUUUUAAAAGUU